GGCGUCCCGGCACACGGGGCUCCUCCAUGCAUCGCUCCCCACCGUGUUCAUCGACUGUGCCCGUGUUUCAGCGUCCUGUGCCGGUGUUGCCGGCUCGGGCACCGCUACUCUCGUGUCUGCCAUCCGUGUGUCACACUGGCUCGGUGCGGGCUGGUACCGGAGUUCCCCGUUUACUGUGUGGAGGUUAAUUAAUAAGCUGCUGCUGAACCGAGGCUCCUGCACCAGCUCCCAAUUAAUUAAUUAACUAAUCUCCCGAGGGAGGCGAGGAGCGAUUUCUGAUCCUGGUAAGUGACAAAUGUUUGCGCUAUGAGCGUGGUUUGGUGCUGUAGUGCCCCUGAGUAUGGGGCGAAGAACAUCUAUUUGAUUAAAGUUUAAAAAAAAACCCAAUAAUUAAGAUGUUAUAAUUAAAUAAUAAAGUUUAAGUCAAUUAAAACCCCAGCACUUAGAAGAGGUUCCAAGUCCCUCUGGGUGGGAGGUGCUGACGUAUUUUAAUUGAGCUUUAAUUAUCUGCUGUGGCUGUGUUCGUCUGGCUGAUCAGAUGUCUCAGAUUUGGUUCUUUUUUGAUAAAGAAAUACACAAGCUUUGUGUUUGAGUCCCUCAUGCCACACAUGGGGACACCUCGAAGGCUUUCAGCUCCAGAGUGUUAUUGGGACCACCCUGCCUGGUGCCAGGGUGUUCAGGCAGAUGUCUGUAGCUGCUCUUCCCUGCUUGGCUGGGGGAUGCCAGGGAGGCAGCAGGACUUGGGCUGGAAAUAGGCGUGGUCAGGAAGAAACACAAGCCAGCAGCCCCAGCCUGUUUGCUGGGGUAUCAUGGAGUUGUCAGGAUGCUCACCCACCUCUCUCCCUUCCUCAGCUCCAGAGCAUCGCUGAGAAGGACAACAACUUGGUGCCCAUAGGAAAGCCAGCGUCUGAGCACUAUGAUGAAGAGGAGGAGGAGGAUGAUGAAGAUGAUGAAGACAGCGAAGAGGACUCAGAAGAUGAUGAGGACAUGCAGGAUAUGGAUGAGAUGAAUGAUUAUAAUGAGUCUCCUGAUGAUGGGGAGAUCAAUGAGGUGGACAUGGAGGGGACAGAGCAGGAUCAGGACCAGUGGAUGAUCUGAUUCUGCCACAACCACACCAAACUGGAGGCUGGGGGAGAGCCUUUGCCCCCCACAGCUCUAGGGGACGUUCAGUGAAGCUCCUCUUGCCGUGGGUGCUGUGUGGGGCAGGGGGUUCAGGGGGAAGCUCCCCAGGACAGACAGAGGGGAAGACUGCACAUUGGAGCUGACACAUCUUUUCUAAUAAACUGUUUUCAAGAAAACAA